AUGGAGCCGCCAAAUAUCGACGACAUCGUGGCCAAAAUGCCCAUCCAAGGCCUAAGCUACGGUGUCCGGACCGCGUACGGCGACACCUUCAGGCUCGCCGUCGCCAACGGCACCGCGAAGCCCCUGCUUUUACCCUGGUGUUUGCUUGGCCCGUUCAUUGUACCAGCACUGUGGUUGGCUGUUCCGCAUAAGCGCCGGAUGUGGUUCUAUCAUACGCGAUGGCUGGCAAUGGCGUUUAUCGUAUGGUUCAAUGUCUAUCAUUUGCGGUAUGCUUCAAGCACGAAUAUGGCGUGCGCGUAUGCGGCUGGGCUGGCAGCGACUUGGGGGACCGUCUUGAGCUUGAACCUGCUUAUCUGGACGAGGCCGCAGUUUGACGCGGCUAGAGUGCUGAGGAUUAAGAAAGAUCCUGACUUGGUAAAGGUUGCAAGCGGUGAGGCGGACGACUGUCUUGGACAGGAGGCGGUGGACGCUGAAGUCACAGGCCAUGACGGCCAGGGAGAGAGCAUAAAAGCAAACGGAGAUGGAAAUGGAAAUGAGCUUCGAACGCGAAAGAAGCUGCCGAAGAGCUUGAAAUCACAGGCCAAGCAACAACAGGAGGAAUUUGAGUACAUCUGGGAGCCUUACCCAGAGGGAGGCUUUUUUGAGCGGCUGGCAUGGUCCACGGAUCUCAUACUUAGCUUCCGAUGCGCUGGUUGGAAUUGGUCCGUCGCAUCCCUCCCGCGGCCUACAAUCCCCUCUCAAAUCUCCCACGGUGACAAAGUCGACAUGGACUCGAUACCAACGGUCAGCAGAAGCGGAUAUAAGUGUUAUCUAAUACAGGCCGAGUUUGUUCGCGACCGUCUCAUCAAAGUCGUCGUUCUCUACUUCGUUCUAGACUUCCUCUCCGUAUACAUGGUGAAAGACCCUUACUUCAUCCUCGGGCCCGACCACCAAAAUUACGUGCUUCCGCCUCACCUCCAAGGAAUACCCCCGUGGCUUCUCCUCGCUUAUAGGGAAGUCUUUUGUCUUGCUGGCGUGUACGCUGCUAUUGAGGCCGUUUUUGCUGUGUCCGACCUGGCGCAGUACUGGAUGGCCAACCGCUUCUAUCCUUCUCGGGCAGUUUUGUUCCAGUUUGCUUCGACUUUUGGCUCUUUUGGACAGGUCCUCGACCGUGGUCUCGCCGGAUGGUGGGGCAGCAUGUGGCAUCAGACGUUCCGCAUGCAGUUUGCCGCUCCAGUAACAUAUCUCUUUCGAGAGGGAUAUUUGAGAAGAGGCACGCAGCUCGCUUCCCUGCUGGCUAUUCUCAUAUCCUUUUUGCAGUCUGGGAUCCUACAUGCCUCGGGCAGCCUUACGUCCGUGCCAAAGACGAAGCCUUGGAGGGCACCAGUCUUCUUUCUUCUUCAGGCGACGGGCAUUGUGCUCCAGCAAUGCGUGGUGUGGCUCUUCGGGGCGUACUUGCCACGACCGCCGCGGGUUGUGUCUCGGACUGUAAAUCUUCUCUUUGCGCUUGUGUGGCUGUACUUUACGGCGCCCCUUUUCAUUGACGACCUUUCUUCGACGGGGCUGUGGCUGGUUGAGCCGGUUCCCGUAUCGCUGUUUCGGUUUCUGGGAUUUGGACAUGAGGGAGAUCACUGGUGGCGUUGGGAUUGGGAUCAUUUGCCUAAGUUAUACAUUGGAGAGACGUGGUGGCAGACUGGAAUAGCAUUGUAG